AUGACUGUUGCAUUGAAUGAGCUCGUUUCCACAUGGGACGUAAAUUACCAGCGCGAAAGUCCCCUUUUCAGCGCCAACUUCCCCGCCGAGAUACGACUCUUGAUUUACCAUUAUGUAUUCGCCGAUUCCGACCAGCCUUCCAUCCCGUUCGACUUCCGCGUGAAAAACCAUCACGAUGGUGACCACGAUGACGACGGGGCCCUCGAACCCGAUUUUUGCAGCGAUCUCAUUGCGGACGAGACCGAACCGCCGAGUAGUGUCGAGUAUGACUGGUUUGAUCCGGAGAACUUUCCAGAAAACGAGCCGAACUUAGACUCUUCCGGAGAGAUCGAGCCCACGCUGAGCCAGGAUGACGAAGAGCCUGGGCCGGGUCAGCGAGAUCCCACUGUCGGAGAUAGAUACGGCAUCUACGCACCUGACCCGUCUGUAGCUAAUUGGCGGACACAGGAGACGGGUGACUGGACAUCCCGCCGCUAUAUCAGACCCGGCUGCACAGGCUGCCGCAAACACGACAUCGCGCUCCUUCGCACAUGCCGCCGAGUUUAUCUCGAGGCCCGACUUCAGUUACCAAGCGUAUACGAAUAUCGCAUUUGGGCGCUUCGGGGGCCCCCGCACCGGCAUCUUGAGCUAUUUUACGGCGGUCUUACCAUCGAGCAGGCAAACUGCAUCACUUCGGUUGAAGUCAACGCUCAGAUGUUCUGGCUCGAGGGCUCUUUCCUCCGCUCCUGCGCGAAUGAGCCCUAUUAUUUCCGUUGUAUUAAGAAUCUUCGCCUUAUUAUCGAGAAAGGCGACUGGUGGUACAACGAGACAAAUGAACCCCUCUACAUCACACCGUUCGGGGGCAAAAUGGCCGCCAUGAAGACGCAGAUGACAGAGACCAAGCAUUUCGGCAAGAAGCCUCCCCAAGAAACGCUAGAAGCAAAGUGGCAAGCCCCUGUUGACUUUGGCUGCGACUCAUGGGGUUUGGCCUUCCGUUGGAUGCCCAAGUUGGAGACGCUCGCCAUCGAGUUGGAGACCGCCGAGCACCAGAAAUGCGAGCUUGAACCCAUUGUCGAGUGGGCCGCCCGCACAUGGCGCUUCCCUCUUGGCCCCAAGCGCAAGGAUAAUUGCACGUACCUCUCGGCUCAGGGGAACCCGGUGGAGAAGAUGAGCUGGCGGGCAGGACGAAUGCCCAUCUUGUCAGCGGUUUAA